UAAUUUGAUUUUCAUUUUUAUUACCAAACUGAACCGACAUUUUAUAGAUUUUUUUUCCAAACCGAAUCAAAAACCAAAAUAUUUUUUAGAAAUGUGUCGAUCGGUUUAGAACUUAAUAAAUCGAAUAUGAACCGCAGGCCUACACUACCGUCUAUUCUAGUCCGGUUCAGGUCAAAACCGCAGGCCUAGUCUACUGUCUCUUUCAGAACAGAGAGAACUCGAAAGGAGGUAAUGUCUCUAAUUCGAAAACCUAGAUUCUUCUUCUCCCUUCUCAAACCCUUUAACCCGAGGUCUUUCGCCACCGUCGGCACCGGCGAGAAACUGAGUGUUAGAACACGACUCGAGAAUCAGAGAAAGGCUCAGACCGCGAUGUUAGAUUACUUCUACAUCACGAGAGGGUUACAGUUUCUGGUCGCAGAGAGUAUGAGCAAGAACGCGCCUCUUUUCAACGAUAAUCUCUUAGAGAAGCUGGAUUGUGACACUCCCGCUGAUGAUGCUGACAUCGCUUUAUCGAUCACUAGGUUUCUACGGUUCCACCCCAUAAACGAGUUCGAGCCUUUCUUCGAGAGUCUAGGCCUGAAGCCAUCUGAGUAUAAUCAUCUGCUUCCUAGUGAUAAGAUGUUUUUGAAUGAAGAUGCUUUUUUGCUUGAGAAUUACAAUACUUUUUGGAUCUAUGGGAUUGGGUUGAAGCAGAUGGGGAAGAUCUUUAAGGAAGCUAGGGGAGUUUUUGGGUAUGAGACGGGGCUUUUAGCUUCAAAGAUUAAAGCUUUCGAGGAUUUGGGGUUGAGUAAGUCGUUUGUAUCGAGGAUUAUUGCGUGUAGCCCGAGGAUACUCGUUGGGGAUAUGAACGUUGAAGUGGGUAAGGCUUUAGAGAUUCUGAAAACUAUAGGGAUUGGUGUUGAGUGGGUUAAUGAGAACUUGUCAGAGGAUGAGGAGGAGUCUUAUGAUUGGAGGUUUAUGCACCGGGUCUUAAGCUUGCUUAGAGGUCUCUUUGUGAAUGAUAGUGAGCUACGUGAGUUAGUGAAGAAACAUCCAAGACUUGUUUUCGAGGAUUCAGGGGAGUGGACGCUGUUUCUAGCUGGGUUUCUAACCAAGCUUGGGUCAUCUAAGAGUGAACUCUCUUCGUUUUUUCUUAAGUUCCCGGAAACUGAGGUGAAGAAAUGUGUUUUGAAUCUAAGGCAUUGCUUCUUGUUCCUGAAGAAGAUCAAGAUGGAGUGUGAUGAGAUUGGUAAGAUUUUUCGUUCUCACUCCUCUUGGCUUGGUGCAUGUUCUUUGAAGAAACCCAGAACCUUACUCGAUAGACUGAACGUUGGAACUAGGCGGCUUUGUCAAGUCAUCCAAGAAAACCCAGAGGUGAUGAAAAAAUGGACUAUGGGUUUAAAGGUGCAGCCACUGCCUCCUACAGGGGAAGAGGAAACGUCGAGGUUGAUGAAGACACAGUUCUUGAUCAACCUCGGAUACGAGGAGAACUCUGAGGAGAUGGAGCGAGCUGUCAAGAAGUUCCGUGGGAGAGGAUCAGAACUCCAACAAAGAUUCGAUUUCCUUGUGGGUUUGGGUCUGAAUGAGAAGGAUGUCCGAAAUAUGGUGAACGCUUUCCCUCAGAUCCUAUGUCAAGCAUCUGAUCUCCUGGAAGCGAAGAUUAACUACAUUGUCAACGAACUUGGUUAUCCGUUUUCGAUCUUUGUGAGUUUCCCUUCGUGUCUAGUGUUUACACUCCAGCGGAUGAAGCUCAGGUUGGGGAUGAUUCCGUUUAUGGAAGGUAAAGUAAAGGCAAUUAGCAGUUUGCUUGGGUGCUCGGACCAACAUUUUGUGUCUCACUAUGUAAACCGCCACCCUGAUGGGCCUAAACACUGGGAGGAUUUGAAGAAACAGAUUCUCUAUGUGUAGAACAACUAAUUUUCCUUGAUCCUUUGUGUUCAAGAUUAACAAAAUCCACCAUAUGAUUUCAUAUCUGAUGUAAUCUUCGUAGCUUCGAGUUGGGGACCUUGAAGAACUUUUUUUGAGCUGAAUAUUAUUGGAGUAAAUUAGAUUAUCAUGACCCUGAGUAUUAGAGUUGGAGCAGCUAAGCUACUACAAGUCAUGCUAGUCCGUGGCUAGGUUUUACUCCCGCCUUGCCGCACUCUCAGUGUUUUUGGAUCUGUGAGGAGGAUCCAUUAUCUCGUGGGGAUUGCCGAUUUACAUGACGGAAGAUGGAGGUACUCAAGUUUCCCUGAGCUAAGGGCUUAAAAUGACAAAAACAAAAGCCAAGAUGAUAACUACAUUUGUCUCUCGAGUUGGACGAUGUUCUUGAUUUUUUGGGGUAUUUAGUUUUGGAGAAUAACAUGUUGAACUUUAAACCAUGGUUUGGUUUGGUUCUGUCUAUCAAAUUAUAAUUGUAUCAUUAGUGUUUUCUUUGCUUCAGUUCUAAUCAUGGUUGAUAGUUUUGGUAGACUCCGGUUUAGAUGAGUAUACUCAUACUCGAUGAUCCUUGUAGUCCAUAAGUCACUGACUAGGAUCGAACACAUCUUUUCACACUCGUCUUGAAACUCAAGUUACCCACAACACAUCUUUUCUUGAUGAGUUUGGUACAGCUAUACAAAAAUCCACUUCAUUACAUGACACACCAUUUUUGUCUGCAUCCAUUAAAAAGACGUAAGCAAACGUUUCUUCAGAAUUUCUCCAAAACUUACGACAUGUGUUAUGCCAUGCGGCAGAUAAUACGAAACACAGGAAAAUAAAUCAGCUAUUUUUACUAUAAUACUGAUCUCAUCUUGCAAACCAAAGACCAAACUCAUCUUCUCAAGCUAAGUCAUCACCAUGUUGUCUCUUCAAGCUUAUUUCUCUAUUAUCUUUUAUAUAUCCCUUCUCAGCUUUGUCAAUGUAAACUCAGCUUCGGAUUCAAACUCUGGUCUCUGCUCUCCUUACCCAUGUAACCAACCGCCUCAACCACCUUCCUCUUCAGGCUACUCUCCAUAUGGUAAUCCUCCUCCACCGUCUUCACCGUCUUCGCCGUCUUCACCACCCCCACCGCCGCGUUCUCAAUGCCCUCCUGUUUCUCCAACAGGCUGUUGCAACCAACCACCACAGUCUACGUAUUAUUCUCCUCCGUAUCCUUACUUUUACACUCCUCCUUAUCCUUACGGUACUCUCGGCGGAGGAGACCAAAGCGGUGGCGGCCAAGGAGCUGGAGGUGGCGGAACCGUAGCAGCGGCAGCUUACUAUGCUUCUUGUUCCUUGCCGGUUUACGCUUUGAUGCUUUUGUUAUCUUGUGCUUUUGUUGUAUUCUAGAGGCAUGCAUAGGUUUAGAUAACUAUUAGUUCUGUCAAAAGCCACCUUCUUUCUCUUGUUGUUAUCUCAGACCUAGGAACAAAAUAUAAAUAAAUCAAAAGCUUUAUACGUU